AGAAUCAUCAAUAAAUAUAUCAAAGAUGAUAGAUUAUCGAUCCACAAGUGAUGGAUGGAUUAUCUGUGAAUAAAAUAUAUAAUGAUAUCAUAUUAUAUCUGUUCAUAUUGUGAAUGAGUUUGAUCUUUAACAUAAUCUUAAGUCACAAAGACACUUAAUUUAUCAUUUUUUUAAAUCAAUUUACAAUCAAAUAUUCAGACAGAAAACCCACCUGUUCCUUUGUGAUGUCACAGUGAUGUCAUGGUGAGGUGGUCAUCGGGUCUUCACCCACAGGAAACAUCAGGUUUGUUAAAAAAUAUUUAUUUCAUAUUUUUCACUUUUGUCAAAGAGAAACAAUUUCAAAAGUAAAAAGUUUUAAUCAAAAGAAAGAAAACAACAGAAGUGAAAAUUUAAAUGAGAGCGAGAGAAAAGAGAGACAGGAGGGAGGAGGGGGUCGUCUCCAUGGCGACAAAACAACAAGACAGAGAGGGGGGUUGUUUCCAUGGUAACAAAACAACAGAGCAAGAAGAGAAACCAGAGUAAGAGAGAAAAGGAGGAAAAUCAGCAGAGAAAGAAAAAGAAGUGACAGAGAAUAAAGUUGAUCUGCAGCAGUAAAAAUGGCCUGUUUCCGUGGCAACCAGGAGGAAUUUUACGGAGAAGUCCUCCUAUUGGAUGAGAGGAAGAUCACACUAACGGAUGAGAAAGGCAUCAAGAAAUCAUCGAAGGCGACGGCCAUUUUGCAGCAGGUAUUUUCUCACCUGAACAUGGUCGAAGUCAAAUUCUUUGGUCUGAGAUUCUGUGACAACAAACAGCGGACGCACUGGUUGGAUCCUUCAAAGACUCUUUCACAACAUCGAGACCUCAUUGGGCCACCGUACAUUUUCUAUUUUGGUGUCAAAUUUUACACUGAAGAUCCAUUGAAGCUGAAAGAGGAAACACGGUGGCAGUUUUACCUGCAGGUUUGUCAGGACGUCCGUCGAGGUCGCCUGCCGUGCCCCCCCCACCUCAGACCUCGGCUCUUUGCUCUGAUGCUGCAGGCGGAGCGAGGCGACCACGAAGGGGCGGCGAUGUCAGACUCAGAGGAAAACCAGCAAGUACAAAACAUCUACAAAUUCCUCAGUGGUGUCUCUCAGCCACAGGCUCAGAGUCUCUUCCUGUCUCUCUGCAGCUCACUGCAGAUGUAUGGAGUCUCUCUGUUCAAUGCCUAUGGGGAGAACCAGUCUGAGUACUUCCUGGGUCCAACUCCAGUGGGUGUGGUCAUCUACAAGAACAAAGUGCUAGUGGGAAAAUAUUUCUGGCAGAGAAUCACCAAACUUCACUUUAAAGAUGAAACGUUUGAGCUCAGAGUUGUUGGAAAAAACGGUUCAGAGACAUCAUUAUUCUUUCAGACAUCAGAUCGAUCUGACUGUAAACGUCUGUGGAGAUGUUGUGUUGACCAUCAUGUCUUCUUCAGGGUAUCAGAGUUGAAUCCUUUAACAUGCAAAGUGAAACACAACAGUAUUGCUCGUUCACCCACUCUGGCUUUUCCUUGGCUGAAAAGCAAAAGUGUCAACAAUAAAAGAACAGAUCUCUCUCUGAGACCAAAACAAAAUGUCUCCUCUCUCCCAGCCAAUCACACAGCAGAGGGUGUGAGCAGUGAACCAGAGCUGACACAGACAGCGCCGCCUGCUGCUCAAAGGUCAAAGGGGACGGCAAAUGAAGACCAAGUGAAGCCCAGUGCUCCAUGGGAAAACAGAGGCCCUGUGAGUUCCAGUGGCCUGUUCAAUUCAAAGUUUCCUCUAAACACCAAAGAAGAAAAACGAGAUGGAGGAAGACCACAGAGGCAGAGCAGAAGUCUGGAUGGUGAUCGAGCAAUCAGAAAACAGAGAAGGUCUCGUUCCCGUGGCAACACAAGCAGUGGCAGUGAAUCAGAGAAGACAGCAAGUUACAGUGAGGGAUGGAGAAGGACAAAGAAACAUGGUCACCAUGGUGACCAGAAAACUGACUCUAACUCCCGGUGCCGUGCGAGAUUACGGAGUUCUGAUGACCUUAUAUGGCAACACAUCCAGAAGCAGCUGGUGGAGCCUGAUGGUUUGAUUGACAGACAGAUGGAGGAAAUACCUUAUAUGGAAGUGAGAGUUUCAGGGGAGCCAAUCAGAGUGCAUCGUUUUCCAAGGGGGCGACGACAUCAUCGGUGUGUGUCGACUUCAGACCUCCAUUCAAAGACGGAGCUACUUCCUCCUCUACAUGUUACCAAGGCAACUGACACUUCCUAUCAAUCAUCUAUAAGACACUGAGGCUGCUGCCAACUCAUUGUCCACCCACAAUGCACCUGUUUUACUGUUUAAUACGAAAACAUAUCCUCCAAUAUUACAAAAGUACCUCUGUCUACACAAUGUGUACUGUGUGUACUUUUUGCACUAUGUACCCGUACACAACAUAUUCAUCAAAGUAACAGUACUUUAGUAGUAGCAAUUGAAUACAAUUGCCCCUUAUUAAAACAUCUGCAACUGUUUUUUUUUGUUGUCAUGUUUUAUGUUUACAUUUUAUAUUUUUGUUUUGUUUACAUGCUAUGUUGUUUUUAUUUACAUGUUGUCACUUGUUGUUAACAUGUUGGCGUGUUUUGUUUGUUUUAUUGUUUUGUUUACAUGUUUUCUUUUGUUUUGUGUACAUGUUUUUUGUUUUGUGUACAUAUUGUUUACAUGUCUUUUAUGUUUUGUUUUUUUUUGUUUUGUUUUGUUUACAUGUGUUUUUUUUGUUUUAGAUAUUGUCAUCUUUUUUGCUUUGUUUACAUCUUGUCAUGUCAAAGUUCACUCUUCUGUGAGUAGGUCAGGGUUAUACAUUAGUAGCUGUUGUCAUGGAAACAGUGAGAAACUGAUAAUACAGCCAGACCUUGUGAUGUUGAUUGUGCCCAGUUUGCAUUGUGGUGAGCAGAGAAUAACAGACUUGGUGGUCGUCAGGACGUUGAGAGGUUUUCACUCUCAGAGUCCGACAGAAAAACUGCUGUGGAUUUAAGAGCCAAUAGAAAGUGGAUCCACAGACUCAUGUUGUAUUUAGAGACACAGUGUGAUCUCUGCUGUGUUUCACCCAGUUGCGGCUGGUACAUUUUUCUCCAGGGGGGGCUAUACCAAAAAACAAGAAGCAAAUGUGUACCACGAUAUUACACUAGUGUAUUUUAACAAAUGAAAAUGCCUGUCUUUGUCUGAAAUGACAUAUGUUAUAAUAAUAUAUAACAUAAUAACAAAACAUAAUAAAAUAUGUUUCCUCAUAAAGUAGACCAAGUAAACAUUAUUUGAGGAGCUAUUCAAAAGGUAUCUUUCCAGCGGUACAGGACCAUAUUGGUAAGGAAUGGAAAAAAAGAGUUAUUGCUUAAAAUUUAUACCAUUAGAAAUUGAAAAAGAUUAAAAGUUAACUAUUUUCACAAGUUUGUUUUUCUGGACCAAACCUUCUGGCAACAUUGUAUUAUGUGGAACACCCUAUAGGGAUGAAUGUGUAAUAUAAACUUAACGUCAACAACCUAUCAAAAAAACCAUCAGAACCCUCCUCAAAACAAGAUAGUGAGUCAUAUUUCAGUGUUUGAUAAUCUCUGUUACAUUUAAAUGUUUGUUUUCAGUUUCCUGGUGACUGUGUUUCCUGACAUACAGUAUGUUGCCACCAUUUGUUGGGUUGCUGUCAUCUUUGGCUCUCUGCUUAUGAGUUAAAACAACAUAAAAUAGUUCUGAAUGCAUUUUAUAGCCUAUGUUUUAUUGAUUGAACAGUAUAUAAAGCUAAAUACACAAUAACAAAAAUGUCAUGGGAAUCCAUGGUGGUAUUGUGUUACAUUAAAGCAACAUUUACAUUUGAACAGUUUCUAAUUAUCAAAAAAGUACAUUAAACAAUUCAAAUUUAGACUUUACUCAUUUAUUAAUGUAAAUCAAUUUCCAGGUUGUAAAAUGACAGAAAAAGACGCUUUCAGGCCAUUUUUGUGGAACUGAAACAUGUGAGGAAUUUAACAUGACCUCCUCAUUAUGUUAUUGGAUCCCUAUCCUGUAGCCUUCAUCAAGUUGAGCAGCUAUAUUUAUAUUCCCAAACAUGGCUAGCCACAUUGCAUUUUCCAUGUGGACCCUAGUUUGUUCAUGCUUUUUUGUUUUUUCUGAUAUGUGCUUUAGGUCAAUCAAUCCUAUCUGAAUCUAUGCUGGGCCUGAUCUUGAUGUUUGAAAAAGGAGGCAAGGAAAGCAAAAUAAAGCAGGAUUAGGGUUAGACCACAAAAUAAAAAAAGCAAAAUAAAGCAUUACUGUUACCA